UCAGGCGGCGCGCGUGCUUAGGCUGCAUUUGCGGCCAAGCUCUAGGGAAGGGGGCGGGUCCACAGAGGUAGAGAGACGCUCGCCCUGCGGCCCGGUCAGGACUCUUCGUCGCCGCGGCUCCCGCUGCUGUCACCGUCACCACUCCCGGAUUGUGGAGGGGAAGAUGGAAUCGGUCACCAUCGCUACCGACAGCGGGGACCGGCCGGGGGUCCCGGCGGGCUCAGGCCUGUCGGCUUCCCAGCGUCGGGCCGAGCUGCGGCGGAGAAAGCUGCUCAUGAACUCGGAACAGCGCAUCAACCGAAUCAUGGGCUUUCACAGGCCGGGGAGCGGCGCCGAAGAAGAAAGUCAAACAAAAUCAAAGCAGCAGGACAGUGAUAAACUGAACUCCCUCACCAUUCCUUCAGUUUCAAAGCGAGUAGUGCUGGGUGAUUCGGUCAGUACAGGAACAACUGACCAGCAGAGUGGUGUGGCCGAGGUAAAGGGAACUCAGCUGGGAGACAAAUUGGACUCUUUCAUUAAACCUCCGGAGUGCAGUCUCGAUGUAAGCCUUGAGCUCCGGCAGCGCAACAGAGGAGACCUGACAGCAGACACUGUCCAGAGGGGUUCUCGCCAUGGCCUAGAACAGUACCUCUCCAGAUUUGAAGAAGCAAUGAAGCUAAGGAAACAGUUGAUUAGUGAAAAACCCAACCAAGAGGAUGGAAAUACAACUGAAGAAUUUGACUCUUUUCGAAUAUUUAGAUUGGUGGGAUGUGCUCUUCUUGCCUUUGGAGUCAGAGCUUUUGUUUGCAAAUAUUUGUCCAUAUUUGCUCCAUUUCUUACUUUACAACUCGCAUACAUGGGACUAUACAAAUAUUUUCUAAGGUAA